CAAACAGGGGGCAAGGUCGCGGUGGAUAAACUCCCAUCGUUUUCUUGAUUCGAUAACUUCCGAGCGAGGCUGUGUACUCGUAGGGUUUUGUCUCGCUCGAAACGUUGAGAUCUAAUCCUCCUGCCCUAAAGAGGUAAAUUUCCUCUUUUCUUGAAUUCCUUUCGCUUCCAAUCUCUCUCAAGAGCUGUUAGGUUUUUGGGUUUUGAUCUAGAUGUCGCAGUCAAAGGAAGUAAGGUAUACUUCUCGAUCUAUUACACCACCUCCAAGCAGACGUAGUAGAUCAAGAUCAUCAUCAAGGUCAAGGGGAAGAAGUCGUUCUAGGAGCCAAGAUUCUAGAGAUGCAAAGAAUCCUGGAAACAACUUAUAUGUAACUGGCUUAUCCACACGAGUUACUAGCAGUGAACUUGAGAAGUAUUUUAGCAAAGAAGGAAGGGUUCAGGAAUGCCAUGUAGUCAUGGAUCCCCGAACGAGGGAAUCUCGUGGUUUUGGCUUUGUAACAAUGGAGACUCUGGAGGGUGCAGACCGCUGCAUUAAAUACCUGAACCGUUCCGUACUUGAAGGCCGCUUAAUCACAGUAGAGAAGGCAAAAAGGAAGCGUGGAAGGACACCAACUCCUGGAAAAUAUUGUGGUGCAAGAGAAAGAAGAGGUCGUGAUCGUAGACGUUCCCGCAGCUACUCACCAUAUCGGCCACGUGAAAGAGAUCGUUCUUAUUCAAGGGGCCGGCGGGAAAGAUCCCACUCACCAUAUGGGAGGGGGUCACAUAGAAGGCACAGGGAGCAAUCGUUUUCACCUGUCAGCAAUGGCAACCUCAAAUCUGAUUAGCACACCAGUCUGGAUUCUGGAGCCUUCUUUUCCACCAUGUUUCGAUCAAUGUAACUAUUAUAAGUUCUGACAGGUCAGCAAAAACUUCUUUUUUUGUAUCCUGCUUUCUUGGAUAGGAAUGCAGGAAUUUCGUCACCGAACCCAACUUUGUGCCUUUGAGCUCAUCACUAUAUGCAGGAUUGUUCAUCCAUCAGGUUUCAGACAGCAUGUAAUGUUGCUUUCAUGCGCAGGGGCACUUCAUUUUGCCCACAAACAAGUUCUUGUAUUUUUCUUUGGACCUUUUUUUCUUUUGCUAUGCAUAUGUCUGAGAGUAUUGUGUUGUGUCAUUUUACCAUUUUCAGGGGAAAGUGAAAAAAAAGGCCUACAUUAUUUCCAAUC